CGUAUUAUGGGUUGACACAUGCAGUACCGCCAAGGCUCGCAGGAUUCAGAUUCCUCACAUGUGAACAGCAUCACCAACUCGGCUUAUAAACCGUGGCUGCGCACGGAGGGGAAUAUGUUCUGCAGCCUUAAUCCGAAGAAAUAGUCUGCCAAAAGAUUCUACUUCUUAGGAUUCGGAAUGGGAAGGAAGCCUUGCUGCGCUAAAGAGACGGAUCUCAAGAGAGGUGCUUGGACUGCAGAGGAGGACGGGAUUUUGGAAGCUUACAUCAAGACCCACGGGGAAGGAAGAUGGAGAAGCCUCCCCAAGAAAGCAGGACUCAAGAGGUGCGGGAAGAGCUGCCGUCUUCGUUGGCUGAACUACCUGAGGCCUGAUAUCAAGCGAGGGAACAUUUCUCUGGAGGAAGAGGACCUCAUCAUCCGACUCCACAAGCUCAUAGGAAACAGGUGGUCGCUGAUUGCCGGGCGGUUGCCCGGUCGAACAGACAACGAGAUCAAGAAUUACUGGAAUACUUACUUGAGGAAGAAAGUGCAGAACCAGCACGAGCCCGCCGUGGUGCUCUCCAGUCUGCACCACUUCGUGCAGGUAAGUAGAGAGGGAGACUUGGUUGCUGUCUCCGAGGCCGAGAAGGCACCGGAGUCGGUGCCCGGUGAGUCCUUCUCGAUUCUUACGGAAGGGAACUGGUGGGACUUGUUGAUGAGCUCCGACGCGGGCGAAGCCGCCUCCGCCGUGCAGGUUCCACACCUCAAUUUGGUUUCGCUGUGUGGAGACGACUCGCGUUGCGAUCUCUACGCCGCAAACGAGGGGAUGCUCGAGGACUGGAUGUGUGAUCCAGCUCAAACCAGUUUGGAUCGGGAACUCGAAUCACUGGCCAGAUUCCUCCACUGCGACGACUGAUCCAUACAUAGGCAGUAGAUGGCGUCAGCUUGCUUAUCAUCUCUUUCCUCUCGGACAUGAAUAAUCUUCGCAUCAUUAGAAUGUCGCUGCAACUUCACUGUAUCUAUCAGCUCACGAACAAUAAACGAAGUAGACAUGAGUUGCUGUUAA